AUGUCCUUCAGUUUGGCAUCUACUCUUCCUGCUUGGCAAGCUCUUCAAAACCACUAUGAAAAUGUUGGUAAGCAUUUAGUUCUUCGCGAUUUGUUUGGCAAGGACUCCUCUCGUUUCGAGAAGUUCUCCCAUACUUUCAAGGGAUUGAAGGAACAAGACGGACCUAUCUUCUUUGACUUCUCCAAGAACCUCGUCACUGAAGAGACCAUUAAGUUGUUGGUUCAACUCGCUAAAGAAGCCAAUGUUGAAGGUCUUCGUGAUGCUCUGUUUGCUGGCGAACACAUCAACUUCACCGAAGGCCGUGCCGUGUAUCAUCCCGCCCUUCGCAACUUGUCUGACAAGCCCAUGAAGGUUAACGGCAAGGAUGUUAUGCCUGGCGUCCGUAACGUUUUGAAUCACAUGAAAGAAUUCUCUGACUCUGUCCGUAGCGGUGCCUGGAAGGGUUAUACUGGUAAGCCUAUCAAGUCUAUUGUCAACAUUGGUAUUGGUGGUAGUGACUUGGGUCCUGUCAUGGUUACUGAAGCUUUGAAACCUUAUGGUAAGCAAGAUAUGGAGCUUCACUUCGUCUCCAACAUCGACGGCACUCACUUGGCUGAGGCUUUGAACAAGUGCGACCCCGAAACUACUCUCAUUUUGGUUGCUUCUAAGACUUUCACCACUGCUGAAACCUGCACCAACGCCAAAUCUGCCAAGGAGUGGUUCCUUUCUAAGGCUAAGGAUACUGCCCAUGUUGCUAAGCACUUCGCCGCCCUUUCCACCAAUGAAAAGGAGGUUACUGCUUUUGGCAUUGACUCUGCCAACAUGUUUGAAUUCAGCGACUGGGUAGGUGGUCGUUACUCCGUCUGGAGUGCCAUUGGUUUGAGCGUUGCUCUUUACAUUGGUUAUGAAAAUUUUGAGGCUUUCUUGGGUGGUGCUCAUGCCAUGGACAACUACUUCCGCAGCACUCCUUUGGAAGAGAAUAUCCCUGCCUUGGCUGCCUUGAUUUCUAUCUGGUACUCUGACUUCUUUGGUGCCCAAACUCAUUUGGUUGCUCCUUACGACCAAUACUUACACCGUUUCCCUGCUUACUUGCAACAAUUGAGUAUGGAAUCUAAUGGUAAGGCCAUCACUCGCUCCGGUGACAUGGUCAACUACACUACCGGCAAGAUUGUCUGGGGUGAACCUGGUACCAACUCUCAACACUCUUUCUUCCAAUUGAUUCAUCAAGGGACUAAACUCAUUCCUGCUGAUUUCUUGAUUCCCAUCGAAUCUCACAACCCUAUAGACAACAACAAGCACCAUCGCAUGUUGUUCUCUAACUUUGCCGCUCAAACUGAAGCUUUGAUGCUCGGUAAGACUCCUGCCGAGGUUAAGGCUGAGGGUACUUCUGAUGAAAUUGUUCCCCACAAGACUUUCGUCGGCAACCGCCCUAGCAAUUCUAUCAUUGCCAAGAAGAUUUCUCCUGCUUCUUUGGGUGCUCUUAUCUCAUUCUAUGAGUGGGUCACCUUCACCGAAGGUGCUAUCUGGAACAUUAACUCCUUUGACCAAUUUGGUGUUGAACUCGGUAAGAAGCUUGCCCAGAAUGUCCAGUCUCAACUCGACACUGAGGGCAAGGUCGACAACCACGAUGCCAGUACCAAUGGUUUGAUCAACCUCUUCAAGACUGGAUUCUAA